UUUAAUUAAUUCCCAUUUAUAUAGAAACAUUUAAAAAAGGUGUUUGCGUUCACAAUCAUAUUCGAUUCUUCCUUCUUCAUCUUCAUCUUCUUCUUUCUUGUUUCUUCUUCAGUGCAGCCAUGGAAGAUUGGGUUUGGAACAGUGUAUUAUUUUUAUUGGGGAGAGCUGAUUAUUGACAAGUGGCUUUCUUCCCAAACCGGGCUUUCUCUCUCCUUUCCAUUAAUUAAGUUAUUGAACGAGAUAAUGAAUUCUACAUCGACUCAAUUUGUGCCCUCGAGAAGAAUGGGGAUAUACGACCCGAUCCAUCAAAUAUCAAUGUGGGGAGAUUUCAAAGGCAAUAACAUUCUCGACGAAUCUCCAUCGUUGAUUCUCGAGGUCGAAGCUAAGCUAGACAACCUGUCGGAGGAUACUUCACACGGAACUGUUGGACCUUCCAAUAAAUACGAUCAAGAAGCAAAUAAACCGGCCGAUAAGGUAACGAGGCGCCUAGCACAAAAUCGCGAGGCCGCUCGUAAAAGUCGUCUCCGGAAAAAGGCAUAUGUGCAGCAAUUGGAGAAUAGUAAAUUGAGACUUAUUCAGUUAGAACAAGAGCUUGACCGGGUCCGAAAACAGGGGUUGUACGUUGGCGGUUCUUUAGAUAAUCAGAUCGGCAAUGUUGGAUCGAUAAAUCCAGCUAUUGCAGCAUUCGAAAUAGAGUACGGGCAUUGGGUGGAAGAACAAAACCGACAAAUCUCCGAAUUGAGGAACUCUUUAAAUUCCGAUAUUGGAGAAUUAGAUCUGCGCGUACUUGUUGAUAAUGGAAUGAGGCAUUAUUUCGAUUUAUUCGCUAUGAAAGCAGCAGCUGCAAAGAUUGACGUGUUCUACAUUAUGUCCGGAAUGUGGAAAACUUCGGCCGAGCGUUUUUUCUUCUGGAUCGGAGGCUUUCGCCCCUCGGAACUUGUAAAGGUUUUAUUACCGCAUUUGGAGCCGUUGUUGGAGCAACAACGUGUGGAUAUUUGCAAUUUAGCACAAUCUUGUCAGCAAAUGGAAGAUGCUUUAUCGCAAGGUAUGGAAAAGCUUCACCAAAUUCUUGCCGGAAGCAUAGCCGUUGAUUUGCUCCGUGAAGGGAACUGCCUCCCUCAGAUCGGAGCUGCCGUUGACAAGUUAGAAGCUCUCGUGAGAUUUGUCGGCCAGGCGGAUCAUCUAAGGCAAGAAACGCUACAACAAAUAUCUCGGAUUCUCAACACACGACAAGCAGCUUACGGACUCCUUGCCUUGGGAGAGUAUUUGCAACGCCUUCGGACAUUGAGCUCCGUUUGGUCUUCACACGCUCGUGAAUCGGCCUAGUGACAAAUGCUCGUUUUUCCACGUGGUGCUAUUACAUAUCAGAAAAAAAAAACCAUAUAUACUAUUAGUUAUCGACCCCCAUUUUUGAGCUGCUUCCUGUGAUUGAAAAAAAAAUAAUUUGUAAAUAUGAUUAGGUAGUCGUUUUAUCAAGAGGAAGUGCGCAGAUGCUUUUUAUUUUUAUUUUUAAUUUUUAAUGUUCGGGUUUGAAGUGUAUUUCAUUCACCCUGUAAAUUUCCAGGCAUGGGUGUCUGUUUGUAUUUUGAGUGUAUGUAUUAUUUACAUUGUAGUAAUGUAGUUUGUGAAAUAUUCGAUCGAAGUGUAUGAAUGAAGAUGCUUGUUCUUUUCA